AUGUCGGUGACAGGAGAUCGGCGUGAGAUUGUUAUUGUUGGUGGUGGCAUCAUUGGAUGCUGCUCUGCAUACUACCUCACCAGACACCCAUCGUACGACCCCGCCCGCCACAAAAUUACACUCAUUGAGGCCUCUGAAAUCGCCGGCGGGGCAUCAGGAAAAGCGGGUGGUAUGCUGGCGCAAUGGGCUUUCCCGAGCAAUCUCGUCGGCCUCAGCUACAAGCUGCAUGCCGAACUUGCAAAAGAGCACGAUGGUACCAGCCGAUGGGGAUACAGAGAAGUCAAUUGUGGCCAACUCGUCGUGAGAGGUCGUGCUCUCGCUGAGAAUACUGCAGGGAAAGCCGGGGGUGGGGAUACGGAAUCCCUCCAGAAACGUAGCGCAGCGGCCUUGUCUAAGCUUAGGUCUGCCAAAAUCCCCCGCAACUUGGAUUGGAUUGAGCCAGAGCUACUUCGCGCUUAUGAAAGUAUGAGUGGACCGGGCGAAACCGCUCAAGUGCACCCAUACCUAUUUACUACGUCCAUUGCAGAGCUUGCCCAGGAGAAGGGGGCAAAUAUCAUUAUUGGACAGGUUACAGAUAUCGCUCGGUCCAAGAGCUCCGUCGAGUCAGUGACAUACAUCGAUAAUACAUCGGGUGAUACUCAAACCAUCGCCGCUACCGAUGUGCUCGUUGCUGCUGGUCCCUGGACGAAGACUAUCCUCCCGGAGGUCCCGAUCUCAGCCAUGCGGGCCCACAGCGUGGUGAUCCAGCCAAAGAAACCAGUCAGUGCAUACUGCCUGUUUACAAACAUCGAAAUCCCGGCCGACUUCAACCCCCAAAAGAAGUCACGCCCAACUGUGGCUGCACCAGAGAUCUACGCGCGUCCUGAUGACACUGUCUAUGCAUGUGGUGAUGGAGAUAGGACAGUUCCACUACCAAAUCUUUCUGCGGAUGUUGAAGUUGACCAAACUCGCUGCCAGGAAAUCAUAGACCAUGUGGGUAGUAUUUCUGACGAGCUUCGGGACGGGGAGGUUCUCACUCGGCAGGCUUGCUAUCUUCCAAACUCUGACUCAGGGGCCGGGCCAUUAGUUGGCCUCACUGAUGUGAAGGGACUGUAUCUUGCAGCUGGCCAUACCUGCUGGGGUAUCCAGAAUGCACCGGGUACAGGGAAGCUCAUGAGCGAGUUUGUAUUUGAUGGCAAGGCGAAGAGCGCGAAGAUUGGAUCGUUGGACCCGCGCGAGUUCAUGUGA